AUGGCUGCGCGAGGGCGCCGGGCACCCUGGAUUGCCUUGGUGACUUUUGUGGGUUGCGCAACAUGGGCCCCCUGGGCCUUCCAGGGAAGUGCGGCCGGGCAGGCAACGAGAAGCCAGAGCCCGAUCUUGCUCAGGGCCACCGGCUUCGGUGCCCCCGACCGACCCGCAAGCCGGCAGCGGAAGAAGGUGGACGUGGCUCAGCUCGAGGCAGACCACGGAGGGAAAGCGGCCGUGGUAGAGGAGAUCUUGAAGGGUGGGACGGCGCAGAACCCCGAGGACAUGGUCAGGGCUCGUUACUCUGCCUGCCGCCUGAAGGAUGCGGUGUUCAUGGCGAAGACGGAGAAGGACCCCAUGAAGAAGAAACUCUCCAACAGGGUGCGUGCCUGGGCACUUUGUUUCGGCACGGAGAAGCCGGACGACUUGGACGCAGCUGUUGGGGAGCCCUCCAAGCUACGGAGGUUGGAACGUCUGGAGAUCAUCGAGGCAUCAGGGAAUGAAGUCGAGUUUAAGCUUCAUUGCAAGGAUGGGGUCCUGCACGAGCGAUCGAUCAUGGAGGAGGAUGAGAAGUACGGCUGGAUCUACUCUGGUGAGUCCAAGAUGGACGAGUGGAAGUGA